GUGAUGAUGGGCGAACUCGGUGAGAAAUCCUCGUAAAUUAAAUUUGCACCGAUUAUUCGUUCGAUAUUUCAGGUCCUUUGAACCAGCGCCUAGGUAUUUGACAUCAAGUAUAACUGCAGAAACAAUGGCCAGUAUUGGUGGUGGUAUGCAGAGAUGGGCUGGGCGUGUCGCCUUGGUAACAGGUGCAUCUGCUGGGAUUGGCCAAUCAACAGCGAGGGCGCUUGUCAGACACGGAAUGAAAGUCAUUGGCUGUGCCAGGAACAUCAAAACAAUCGAGGAAGAUGCUAAGGUUUUAUCUGGGGACACUUCCGUCACUGGUUCCCUGCAUGCCAUCAAAUGCGACCUGACAAAAGAAGAGGAAAUCCUGGCAAUGUUUGCUGAGAUCAAAGAGAAGUUUGGAGGCGUUGACGUCUGUGUCAGCAACGCUGGGAUAAAUCAUGCCGACUCCAUGACUUCACCUAUGGGAAUACUGAACGGAGAGACAGCGAAAUUGAGAGACAUGUUUGAAGUGAAUGUCUUGGCGGUGGCCAUAUGCUGUCGGGAGGCCGUCAAACAAAUGGAGGAAAAAGGAGCGACAGACGGUCAGCUGUUGGUGACCAACAGCUUGUCUGGUCACCGACUGACAACUAAAGAUACUUACUUUUAUGCCGUCACCAAGCAUGCUGUGACCGCAUUGGUAGAAGCCAUCAGACGAGAACUGAGGGAAAAGAAGAAUCACAUCCGAAUCGCGCAAAUCUCACCCGGCAUAGUUGAGACAGAAUUUCGAGAGCGUAUGUAUCCUGGUGACAAUCGUGACAAGGCUCGAAAACUGUACAAAACAAUGGAGCCAUUGUUAGCAGAUGACAUCACUGACAGUAUGCUGUAUGUACUGGGGGCCCCAACCCAUGUUCAGGUGCAUGACAUCCUCAUCAGACCAACAGAACAGAAGUUUUGAUGAAAACACCAUGUGCAUGUUUCAAGCAAACUGUACUUUAAGUGAGAUUGAAUGAAUCAAAACUCUGGACCAUGUCCAAUUGCCUUCCUUUUUUUCAUAGUAAUAGAACAAGUUUUAUCUUUUUAGUCAAAAUUAGUAACAAGUUCAUUUUAAAACAUACCAAAAGCUUUUUUUCAUGCAAGAUAUUUAUCAAAUGCAUUAACAAUCAGGAAGUACGGAUUUAUAUGCAAUUGUCAGUCUUGAUGGAUUUAUGUUAAAAUAAAUUAAAACCUCAUAAUUUUCUGAGAGUAUUUUGUGUCAUUUGGAUUACUGAAAUUUUAAAGGAAAAUUAUGUGAAUGAAUGUGAUUGAUAUUGAACUACUAAGGAUUUAGUGAGGCAGAUAGGUGAAA